AUUCUCUCUGGCCCUGUGUUAGUGGACCACGUGUUAUUGCAGCGCGUCACACCCUAACCCUGGUGGGUGGAGCAUGUUAAAGUAGCUAAGGCUAGGUGUGACAAUGGGAAAGUCUUUUUCGCACCUCACUAAGCAGACAGGCCUAGAUGACAGCCAGGAAAGCCUCACUUCUCAUCUGGAGGACUCUCAGACUGAGGACGGGAAGUGUGGAGAUGUCUCACAAUUUCCUUAUGUGGAGUUCACAGGACGGGACAGUGUGACAUGUCCCUCAUGUCAGGGGACCGGGAGGAUCCCCAGAGGACAAGAAAAUCAACUUGUGGCAUUGAUUCCAUACAGUGACCAAAGGCUGCGACCCAGGAGGACGAAGUUGUAUGUGUCGGCGUCGGUGGUACUCUGCCUGUUGCUGUCUAGUCUGGCUGUGUUCUUCCUCUUCCCUCGCUCCAUCGAUGUGUCCUACGUCGGAGUGAAAUCAGUUUUUGUCAGCUACGACCAAGAGAAACGCAGCGUCUACCUCAACAUCACAAACACUCUUAAUAUCACUAAUAACAACUACUAUUCCGUGGAGGAGGCCGACAUCACAGCUCAAGUGCAGUUUGCCAAGACGGUGAUCGGUACAUCUCGCAUCAGCAACAUCACCGCCAUCAGUCCUCUGGACAUGAAACAGAUAGACUACAUGGUCUCCACCACCAUUGCAGAUGAGAUGAACUACAUGUAUGACUACUGCACUCUCCAAACCAUCAAGGUCCACAACAUUGUCGUCACGAUGCAAGUAACCGUCACCACCACGUACUUUGGCCAUGCGGAGCAGGUGUCUCAGGAGAUGUACCAGUACGUGGACUGUGGAGGGAACACCACCUCUUUUAGAGGGCUGCCCAAGCCGUUCAGCACCCCCCAUCCUGCUGAGUCCUCACCAGCCUAACAUGGGCCGCUGUGUUCCCUUCUCCUCCUGCCCUGUCUAACUAAC